AUGAGUUCCUUGAAGAACCGCGUCGUUGGGCUACACCCAAGCGCGUUUCCACUCGUGUUAUUUCUCGUUGUGGUUUGCUCGUUCCAGGUCGCCUCGGGUCAUCCAACUCUGCGCGACAACGAUGCUGUUAACGGUCAAGUUGACGCCACUAUCCGUCGAUUAAGCGGUGCCACCGGGGACGAGGACAAAACCGUGCCCUUCAACUCGUGGAACAACACCAUCGACACCCUCCGCUACAGCCUCGCCUUCGUCAUCGUCCUGGUGGCGGCGCACCCGCUCGGACUCUUCUUCCCCAAGUUUUUUAAGCUGCCUCUCAUCACGGGCUACCUGGUCAUCGGCAUCAUCGCCGGACCGUUCGUGACCAACCUGCUGACGGAUGGCCUCGUGAAUAUGUUGUCGAGCUACGUGAGCGCUCUGGCGCUGUCGUUCAUCUCGUUCCAGGCUGGCCAAGAAAUUUACCUUCCGGAAUUGCGACCGCAGCUCAAGGCUAUCAUGAUUCUGUUGGGUGCUCUUUACGUGACGGCAAUGAUCAUCCUGACGUCCGUGACGCUGCUGGUGGAAAGCGCCUUCUUCUACGACGACCUAGCACUGAGCUGUCAGUUGGGUAUUGCGCUCAUGUUCGGGUCCAUCUCGGUGCUAGGCUCGCCUGCGACCGUGAUGGCUAUCAAAAUUGAACUAGACAGCGUUGGCCCCUUUACAAGCUUGAUGCUGGGCGCUACAAUGACGGCGGAGUUCGUCGUGCUAGUGUCGUUCUCGAUCUCGCGUAUCGUGUGCUCCAUCUACUGCGCCAAGCUGGACGUGUCGAUGCUGAACCUCAUGUACACGAUGAGUAUCGUCGGAGCCAACGUGCUGGUGGGCGUUAUCCUGGCCGGCGUGACGAUCCUAAUUUUCAAAAUUCCGGGAGGAGAGCACCACCACCACGAUGAGCAUCACGGAGCUGACCACGGCGACGCAAGACCCGGAUCAACCUACUACGACCAGAAGACGGGCGACAAACUUUCGGCUUCAAACCCGGAUAUGACGCCGCACCCUCACAACGGCGCGGACGAGUGCACUGCGGACGAGUUGCAACACGAUUCGGUGCUGUCGCCCAACGCUUCUCUGGCGCUGAAGGGCUUCAUUUGGCUGACAAUGGGGUAUGUGUUCUACAUCUCUACCUCUACGGUUGCCAAGGCAACCGCUGCAGCCUACGGUCUCUCGUGGGAGAUCAAGUUUGAGCCGCUGCUCGUGCUCAUGGUCGCUUCGUGUAUCGCCGGACACCAAACUGCCAUCCGUCACGACAUGCACGUGAUCCUCGACACCGCCGCUCCCUACAUGUUCCUGCCGUUCUUCGUCAUGACGGGCGCGGCUCUGAAGCUGGACCAAGUGGUGGCGGCCAUUCCGCUCAUGACGGUGUACGUCUUGCUUCGAUACGUGGCGAUCUUCAUCGCAUGCUACUUCGGAGGUCGCUUCCUGUUGAAGCUCACGCCCCGGCAGUACAACAACUUGUGGUUGACGAUGACACCGCAGGCUGGUGUGGCUUUGGGUUUGGCCAACGAGGUGAAGGCGAUGAGCAGUGAUACUUGGGCUGCCGAGUUCGCGGCGACGAUCGUGGCUGCUGUGGUAGUGAACCAGAUCGUUGGCCCCGUGCUGUGUGCGAUGGGUUUGAGCCGAGCGGGAGAAACCUUGCAAGACCGACUUGCAGAAGGAGACGCGCCUAUGAGUCGACGAUUCUCAACGCCUACCAUGUUCUAUGGCAACGACGACCCGCAAGUGCUGCAGCAUUUUUACAAGGUGCAAAACGCAGUUGUGAUCGGUGACGACGAAGCUGCCUUUGAGAUCGCGCUCAACUUGUCGCUCUACGGAGCGCAAGUCAACGUGCCUCUGCUGGACGAGGAGCGCACCAGCAAGUGGAAGAAGAUGAACGAGACCAUUCUCUCGCGUACCGCCAAGGGCGAGCUCAUCUCGUACAAGAACACCCUCAAGGACCGUGACAACGCGCAGGCCAUGUCGUCGGCGGACGUCCUCAUCUUCACAGGCGACGCCAACCGUACGCGUGAGAACAUUCGCAUGUUGAAGUCGUUGAUGGGCUCGUCGCACCCGCGUAUGAUUGCCUUCGUGCCGGACUGCAAGUUCAGCAAGGAGAUGAAGGAGCAGGGAGUGCUCGUGAUCCAGCCAUCCAUCGCCUUGGCCAACAUAGCAACGCGCAUGGCACUGCUGGACCAGAAGCUGGCUCAGGCUCUUUCGAACGAGACCAGUACGACGAGCGACUUCAGCACGGCCUCGUACUUCUUGCGGGCCGAUAGUGGCCACCGUGAAUCGGUGUCGGAGAUGCAUUUGGCGGGCCGUCGCUUGGCGCUUGGUCGGAGCGUGGUGAACCACCACUCGGUGAACUACGACCGCCUCGCCGAGGCAUUGGCGACUGCGAACUUGCCGUUGCCUCCGCCACCCUCUCGCGUGGCCAUGUUCGGUACAUCUGCUGCCGGCUUCGACCCGUUCCAGCGCGAACGGAGCGGAUCCGAGUUCUUCGUCAUGCUCGACGACCACGACAACGCGGAGGAGAUCGUUCUGAGCGACCACCACGGGCCGUAUGCGUCUCGUGGGAGCUUCAGAGUGAGUUUCCAUGGAGCACCGCGUCAGCUGCGAUCGAGUCGCGUGCGAAUUGGUGGAGGAGGCCGAGGAAAGCGCGUCGGCGGAAACGCGUUCAUGUAG